AUGUUGGUGCAAUACCAGAUGACCACACGGACUGCAGAAGUGCAGCUUGGGAGCAGCGGCAUCAAAGGAACAAGGUGGAGUCCCCCGCAAGCUGGUUUUGUCAAGAUUAAUUUUGAUGGCACCGUGUUCAAUAAUGCAAACUCGUCGGGUGUUGGAGCUGUAAUACGGAACCAUGAUGGAGCUGUUAUGGCCUCUUGCGCAGAAAAAUUAUACCAAGCUUACAAGGCAGAGGAGAUAGAAGCGUUGGCAGCACUUAAAGCGUUACAGUUGGCUUUCGAUCUGGGUUUCCAAAAUGCCAUACUUGAAGGGGACUCGCUUGGUCUAAUAAAAGCUUUGAAGGCAGACGACCAUAAUUUAUCUCCACUAGGUCUAUUGGUAGAGGAUGUUAAGUUGGCUGCAAGUAAUUUUGUUAGUUUGUCGUAUUCUCACAUUAAGAGAAACGGUAAUAGUGUAGCUCAUAAUCUGGCGAAACAUGCUAUAAGCAUACCAGAUUUUCAAGUUUGGAUGGAAGAUGUCCCAUCACAUUUUGUGCCCAACCCGGAACCGACCCGAUCACUUCGGUUCUCCUAA